GGCGAGCAGCGACGCACGGCUGACAGAGCGGGGAGCACGAAGCACUGGCCGACCACUAAUUACCAUAUUUACGCGCAAGUUGAAGCCAGCGAGCCGGACCAGUUGUGUACCUAUCCCUCUCCUCUUCUGCGUGUGUGCGCCUUUGCCUUCUCGCGCCUAUUUGGUGAGUAGCAGGAGCCAGUGCCGCAGCGGGGAGAAAACCGGGCGGAGGGACACUUAUGAGACACAUAGAGACAGAAAGCCGUGUUCUUCUUUGACCGACUGUGAACGGUGGACUGAUACGUAGCGGAAUACAACAAGGGGACAUUGUGCACACACCUGCAUCUGACUGGGCGAACGCGUUGGAGAGGCAGCGUGGAUUCGAUUCAAAGGGAUCGUCUGAGGUCGUGGGGUGACUUCUAAUCAUCAUCAGAGCUGGACAUAAGAGCAGACAGCACACAGUUGGUCCUGAUCAGAGCCAGAGCACGGAGACUCGCUGACGUCCGCUGUGGACACAAGUGCAAAUGGUGCUGCAGCCUCUCCGUCCCUGGAAGCCCCACUUCAAAAAGGUGGAGGUCACAGGACACCAUCUCUCUGUGAGGAUUUAAGGAUUAACAUCACACCUGAACAAGAGAAAUAGAGCGUAUUUUGUUCACCAUGGCCCCUGGAGGUGUGGCAGUACUCCAGCUCCUCCUGUGUGUGGCACUGCACUUGGCCACAGCCACCAUACAAGGAUACAUUGGAGACAGGGACAUUUGCCCCUCUGUGUGCAGAUGUGAUGAAGACUUUAUUUACUGUAAUGACCGUGGUCUGAGCUCCAUCCCCUCACUGCCUCCCACUGCCUCAGUGCUCUACCUUCAGAAUAACCAGAUCAAUAACCCGGGCCUCCCCACUUCUCUGGAGCACCACCUGGCUGUGCGCGUGGUCUACCUCUAUGACAAUGAACUAGACGAGUUCCCUCUGCAUCUGCCCCCUUCUGUUCGAGAGCUGCAUCUGCAGGACAACAACAUCCGUACAAUCCCUCGCAGUGCUCUGGCCCGGAUGCCUCUAUUAGAGAAACUUCAUCUGGACGAUAACUCCAUUUCCACCGUUAGUAUCGAGGACCAGGCCUUUGCAGACAACCCCCGUCUACGCCUGCUUUUUCUGUCCCGUAACCACUUAUCCAGUAUCCCCUCUGGACUGCCUGCCUCUUUAGAGGAGCUCCGGCUGGAUGACAACCGGAUCUCUACAAUUCCAACCCAUGCUUUCCGGGGCCUAGCGUCACUCCGAUGUUUAGUCCUUGAUGGGAAUCUUUUAGCAAACCAGCGCAUUGCAGAUGACACAUUCUCUCGUCUAUCCAAUCUGACAGAGUUGUCUCUGGUGCGUAACUCUCUCCAGACUCCUCCUGUGAACUUGCCCAGCUCACACCUGCAGCGCCUGUCCCUGCAGGAGAAUGCCAUGAUCCACAUCCCGCGUGGCUCCCUGGACGGUAUGCACAGACUGCAGAGACUGGACCUGUCCGGGAAUAAUCUGACCACGCUGCCCAGAGGCCUGUUCAAAGACCUGGACAGCCUGGCUCAGCUGUUGGUGCGGGGCAACCCGUGGCAUUGUGGCUGUAAUCUGCGCUGGCUCUAUGACUGGCUCAAGGCUCGCGGCAACGGCAUCACUGUGAGGGGCCUGACCUGCAUGACGCCUGACCGUGUGCGGGACAUGCCUCUGAUGGACCUGGGGAGUGAGAUGGAGGAGUGUGAGGUCAUCAGGGCUCCAGACAGAACAAACAGAGUUCAGACAGGCAUGGACAUCUCCACCACCCAAACCCCUCCACAGGGCUCCCUGUUCACCCUGCGCUCCAACAAGAGAGGUCCGGUGCUGCCUGACAUGGACUACACUCUGAGCAGCAGUGGGGUGGGCAAGAGCCUGGCCCUGAAUGUGAAGCCUCUGUCCCACAGCAGUGUGCGUGUGACCUGGAGCGUGGCCCAGCCCAGCUCCUCCUUCAGGCUCAGCUGGCUCCGACUGGGUAAUGAGAACAACCGUGGCUCUAUCACAGAGACCCUGGUGAGAGGCGACAGGCGCGAGUACCUGCUCACAGCUCUGCAACCACGCUCCAGCUACAUCAUCUGCAUGGUCCCACUGCCUGCAGAAAGCAAAGGAGGAAUGCCCACAGAGUCUGACGAGGCUCUGGUGUGUGCCAAAGCUGAAACCUCUGACCUCAGCUCACUGGAGGAAGAGGAGGAUGAAGAGUCUCAACAGAUGGCAAAUCUACCUUUAGCAGGAAUCAUUGGCGGUGCUUCUGCCAUUGUUUCUCUGGCGCUUAUAUUUGGUUUCUUCUGCUGGUAUGGCCAUAGGACUGGACAUUUAUGCUCCCGUGACCAUUACACUAGAAACAGCUCGAGAAAAAGCAAGACCUAUGAUGAUUACAUUGAAUCUGGCACAAAAAAGGACAACACUAUCUUGGAAAUCCGAGGUCCGGGAUUUCAGAUGACGCCGAUGGCCGCUUGCCCACCGAUGCAGCCUAAACCGCUACGAGAGGAUUACAUCAUUCAUACCAUUUUCCCAUCCAACGGCACUGGCCUAUAUAAAGGCGCCAACAGUGUCUCCAGUUCAGGACAUGGCACCAACAGGGGCUAUAGAGAAGGGGGGAUCCCAGACAUUGACUACUGUUACACAUGAUGUACUAGACUUGUCACCGUGGUAACUACAGACUGUAUAGAUGCACAAUUUCCCUUCGCAUGAACACUGAAGAACCCCUCUGUGCCUUCUUCUGGUCUCCCAUUCCAAAAUGACCUGCUGUUUGUGGCAAUGAAAAGUGUGUGAUUAACUGGCUCGACAAACUGCGUGGGAACAGUUCUCAGCAGGUGGCAGAAGCCGGUGCCCCAGGUGUAAAUGCACAGCUGACUGUUUCUUCACCAUCUUAGUAACUUUUAAUUUCUGCUCUUUCCCUCUGAUAUGUAGGCAGUGAAUAUACAGAAAGGUCAAAGCGAGAGAGAGCCGCUCCUAUUCACACACAAACGGUUAUUCAUUCCUUCAUAUACAGUGCAUAGUGUUAUCAACUCAUCGUCCCAAAUGCCUCAACUAUAUCGAUGUGCCCUACCAGCUAUCCAAGGGAAAGGGCUUUGUGAAGCUGUGAAUUGUUCUAUUUCAAACAAACCCAGUAACCACAUGUCUUAAAGUAGGCUUGUUUUUCAUUAGCUGGCAGGGCGAGCGUCUUAUCAGGGCGGGUUGCCUCGGUGAUACCUCUGAGUUCAGUAUUGUAGUGUUGCAUCAGACAGUGGUGCAGCACAUGUGUAGAUAAUUUCCUUGAAUACAGAACAGGCUGUGUUUAAAAAAUGCUUUGCUAUUUUUAUCAGUGGUUUGUCAGUGAAUCAACUCAUGCACAGCUGCUAAUUAUUUAUUUAGUUAUUUUCUUAUGUAAUGUUUUUGUCUGGCUUAAUUUGAUCCAUGUUGUUUCCAUCCAAAGCAGAUUUGAUAGGACAAAGGAGAUUAAGCUCUCUAGAAUGACCAGCAUGUAUGACCUUUAGUCUUGUCUUUUGAUUUGUGUGUCUGUGUGCAAAUUACUUUAGUAAAGUCAUACUGUGUUUUGAGUUUAAAGAUGUUUUUCUCCAUACUACAAAAAGUAACUACCCUAGAAUCUAGAUGAAAAUAUAUUGAUAAAAGUGAGACAUGAGAAAAAGUCAAGGUGGGACCUGGACCUGUAAUUGACAGCUGCUGUCAACACACUGUAAUAGGACUCCUCCACAUGACUUUGUGAGGUUAUAAUGGUAUUUUACAGCAGCAACGUUGUGAUAGCACGGACAAUAAAAUAAUUUAUUACAAUCAGUGAAACCUAAUUUGAAUAGCUCAUUUGUUAAACAGGCUAGUUCUCGGGGUAAGUUACUCUUUAUACUAUCUAAUGUUUCCUUGACAGAAUGAAAAGUGUAUCCUAAUAUGAGGGAAUCUCUCUUGUUAGUGAAAAUGGGGGAAUGAAAUGACGGAGACUCAAACCGCUACACUGUUGACCUGCACUGUGGGCACUGGCCGAGCCUGGACUGAUGUUUGCUUUAGCAGCACCUCUUUUAUUACAGAGCAGCACUAAAAUGUAAAUGUAUCAGCACUUAGCAGCGAACAGUGAAUGGAUGAAAGGAUGUGCGAAAGGAAGACAGGGGUUAGAGAAAGAUCUCCAGGCACUGGCAAAGAUGCAGAAUUGAUGGGUCCGGCCCGAUGGAAGUUCACUCACGCAUAAAUCUGUUGUCGCUCCCUCUCCCCCCUUGGGUUUAAUAUUGUCCAUCACUUGUUUACCACUGUGUUGCUUCCAAAGGGAAAACCAGUCGUGCUUCCUUGACUGAUGUGUCAGCCGCUACAGUUUAUUUCUGUUUGACAAAUGUGUAAGUGGAAUGUAAAUUUGAUCUUGGAUCCCAAAAUCGUCAGCUCAAACACCAUAACUCCAUAAUUCUGUUUUCGGGAAUGUUGAUGAACAUGUACUUUGCUAUUUAACAGUGGGCCUAUACACACUUCAUCAUUUGUAUAAAUAAAAUCAUGGGCACAGCUGAUUGAAAACUUUCUUUUGGUGAAAAUAUAGAAAGUAUUGGUGCCAUAACGUUGCUUAUAUGAGAUGUGUGUCAAAUUUACUUCAUGAAUUUGAGCUCCAGAGGUAAUCAAUAAAGUUUUAUAAUCUUGU